GUGCGCAUGCGUGCCCAGCGAGAGAGGACGGCCGUAUUUCCUCAAGGAUAGAGCCGAGCGUCUUUUGGAAAACCGCUUCCCGAGAGGCCGAAAAGUCGAGGCGGGCGGGCGCAGAACAGCUUUCAGGAUGUGGAAGCUGGUCCCUGCAGCCGAAGGAGGCCCAGCACAACUACACCACCUCUUAACUGGUGUUGAGUAUGUUGUAGGACGCAAGAAUUGUGCAGUUUUAAUUCAGAAUGAUCAAUCAAUCAGCCGAAGCCAUGCAGUUCUUUCUGUUAGUCAACCUCAAAUGAACCUUAGUCAGACUUCUUCACUUCCUGUGUUAACAUUAAAAGACACAUCUAAAUAUGGUACCUUUCUUAAUGGAGAGAAGCUACGAAAUGGUAUUCCUAGAUCACUGAAAUCUGGAGACAGAAUAACUUUUGGAGUCUUUGAAAGCAAAUUUAGAGUAGAGUAUGAGCCAUUGGUUGUCUGCUCUUCAUGCUUGGAUGUUUCACAGAAAAAUAUGUUGAAUAACAGUAUUCAUCAGCUGGGAGGUCAUGUAGUAAAUGAGUGGAAAGAAGAAUGUACUCAUCUUGUUAUGGUCUCAGUCAAAAUUACUGUGAAGACAAUAUGUGCAUUGAUUUGUGGUCGACCAAUUGUGAAGCCAGAAUAUUUUGCUGAAUUAAUCAAGGCCAUUGAGGCAAAAAAGAAGUUCCCAACACCUGAAAGCUUUUAUCCGCCAGUCAAUGAGCCAAGUAUCAAAAAUGAGAAGUUAGAUCUGACCAUCUGUCCAGGAAGAAAAACAAUCUUCAAGGGGAAAACAUUUGUGUUUCUAACUGCUAAGCAGUAUGCAAAAUUGAGUCCAGCAAUUAAACUUGGAGGAGGAGAAGCAAAACUGGUGACAUCAGAAGACGAUGCUGCUUCUUUGACAACACCUGACAUUUGUGUCAUUGAAAUAGGUUUUACACACUCUCAAGCAUCCAUUUCUGAUGUUGAGAGGAAAUGGAAAGAUACAGUCACAGCUGUUUUGGAAAGGAGGAAAUAUAGGACAAUCUCAGAAGCAGAAAUUGGUUUAGCCGUUGUCUUUGCAUCCACUGAAAACUAUUGUAAUCCUCAAGCUUCACUUGAAACAGGUGUAAAGCCUGAUUCUUCAGCAUUAAUUGUUCAAGGACCAAGCCUUUCUCAGCCUGCAGUGGUAGAUGAAACUGUAAUGCCCAGUAUCAUAGGUGAGAUCACUGCCUAUGUGGCUGACACAGAGAUGGACCAACUGAUGGAUACAUGUAUGGAACUAACAGAAGAGAAGAGAAAUAAAGGAGCUUGUAUAAGAAGAAAACGGCAUCCAGAGGAUAUAAAUACAGUAAAGGUGCAUCCAGCAGGAACUAGCACUGUAAAUGUAGGAGGUGUAUUGCCCACAUCAAAUAGAAAACCUGGUACUGACCAGAACAUUUCAGCGUUCUCUCCUUCUAAAAUUUCAGGGUGUAGCACAAAUAAACAGAGGGAUUCACAACAGUUGAAUUCAAUCACAAAUUACUUUCAGAUAGCAUCCAAAAAGAGAGGAAGAAAUGAAGAUGGAGAAACGUCAUUAGCAAAAUAUGCAAAGAAAGAAGUCAGGUCAUCAGAGGGUUCUGGUCAUACUCAACCUGUAAAUUCCUUGCUGUGGGAAAAUAACACAGAAAGAUUUCAAAAAGGUCUAUGUACCUUGGACCAGAAAACAGAUGAGUCAUCAUGUAUAGAUACAAGUAGGAUGCCGAUCAUAGAGACUAAAAGAUCAGAGAAGUCUGCCACUGAAAGUAUUCUUUCUGGACAGCCUGCAUCAAAAAAGAGAAAAGAGUUGGAUGGUUUGGCAGAAGAUGACGCUUCAUUAGAACUUGUCUUUGCAAGCCAAGACUUGGAUUGGGAAGAGGACAUAGGAGAUUUGGCUGAACAAAAAAGUGCUCAGGGUGCACAAAAGAAAAGGAAAUUAGAAAAUAAAGAAAGUAUUUCAACAAAUCCAGAGGCUUUGCAAGAAAAAGAACAGAUCCUUCCAGCUGUAAAGCAAGAGGUGAUGUUAAAAGAAGAACCAGCAGAAUGUAUAACAAAUGAUUCAAAUAAAAAUCCUGAUACAUUUGCAGGAGGCUGUAAUCUACCCAGCAGACUUCUGCUGACUGAAUUUAGAUCAUUGGUUGUUAGUGAAUCAAGAAAAGAUGUUCAAUGUGCUACAAAAAGAAAUUAUGGGCAUUUGAAUAACUUCAAAAAAUUUAAAAAGGUAGCUUAUCCUGGAGCAGGACAGCUUCCACACAUUAUUGGGGGGUCAGAUCUGAUAGCUGCUCAUGCUAGAAAGGAUUCUGAGAUGGAAGAAUGGCUGAGGCAAGAAAUGGAGGAACAGACUCGCCAUGACAGAGAGGAAUCACUUGCAGAUGACCUCUUCAGAUAUGACCCCCGUGUAAAAAGAAGAUAGUGGUGCCUUGAACUAGACUUGCAGCAGAAGAAAGUAUCUUCUGAUACGCUUCCUGUUGAUAAACCUGUUUCUCAUUAAGAAGAAAGGACAUUUGGCUGCCUUUUAGCAGCAUUGUUCUACAUACAAUUUUCUUGCAUAAAAGAAAAUGAAAAGAUUAACAGUGCUUCUUUAAAAAGGAUUUUUUUAGCCCUUUCUUUUUUGGUGUUAUGAUUUAUGCACUGUUGGCAUUUUAUAAAAAGAUGACAUGGAUUUUGCAGUAUGGCUCCUGGCAUUUUUGUGUCCUGUACCACUUUGGACCUUUCAGAAUCGCUCUGGUUCUUCCACUUAAUAGAGGUUAUCAGUCUUUAAAUGGGUAGGAAAUAUAUUCUUAUAGUCUUGGCCUCUCCUGAUUUUGAUGCUGACAAAGUCAAAUUAUUGUGGAAGCAAGAGGAGCUAUAGGGAAAAAAUAAUAUUGGAAGUAGUUUCAUUUGGUGGGCUUCUGAUCUGUUUCCUUGCCCAUGUUCUGGAUUCAUGAGAAUUCAGAACUUCUGUGAGAAAAAGUGGUAUAGAUCCUGUGUCUCAACACCAGAUGUUUGGCUUAAAUGCCUGAAGUAUCAGGGCAAUAAACAUUUUCCCUGCUU